GUGGGCCAGCAGGCAGCUGAGGACCUGUCUUCUUAUGGUGCUGUGGGCAGCCCAUCUCCAGUGCUUCCGCCGGAAGUUCCUCAUGGAAGUUCCAUUCCGGGAGUUUCCGGAAGAUCAGGUUUGCGUCAGCGGAUUUCACAGCCCCACGCCAGGCUGGCGGCUACAAGUGGUGGCAAUCCUGGCAGUGCAUCGGCCUUUGGCAGUAUUCCGGUUGAGCAGGGUAAUGCACGGGCUUUCGUGGGCCCGGCCCAGCCCGAGGCAGCAGCUGAGUUGCCUUGCACUGUGAAGCUUAGGAUAUGGUCUCACGAUGUGAAGAACCCUUGUGUUGCUCUUGACGCGGACAAGUGUCGCUUGACAAUCCCCCAUGUAGUACUCUGUAGUGAAAUGGGUGCUCAUUUUUCACCUUGCGGGAGGUUUUUAGCUGCUUGUGUGGCGUGUAUUCAGAUUAACACCGAUACUGAUCCAGGUUUACAAGGCCAGGUUCAGCAUGAAUUUAUGGGGGCCUCAACUUCUCCAACUAGACAUCCUAUUGCAGUUCACCCAGUGAUAUAUGAGCUGAGAAUAUAUUCCCUUGAGGAAGCUACAUUUGGUUCUGUUCUAGCAUCGAGGGCUAUCAGAGCUGCUCAUUGCUUGACUUCAAUACAGUUCUCUCCUACCUCUGAACAUCUGUUACUAGCCUAUGGUAGGCGCCAUAAUUCGCUUCUCAAAAGUGUUGUGAUUGAUGGAGAUACUACUGUAUCAAUAUACACAAUUCUGGAGAUCUAUAGAGUUUCUGAUAUGGAACUCGUGAGAGUUCUUCCCAGCGCAGAGGAUGAAGUUAAUGUAGCUUCAUUUCAUCCUUCAGUUGGUGGUGGCUUUAUAUACGGAACCAAGGAGGGAAAACUAAGGAUUCUUCAGUGCGGUUCAUCCCAUGGCUUAAACAAUGACGGUUCUCGUGAUCUCGGUAACAACAUGCCUGAGCAGCAG